AUGCCGUUAACUGCAUGUGCGACUAAUGAUCAACAGUUAACUGCAUGUGCGACUAAUGAUCAACAGUUAACUGCAUGUGCGACUAAUGAUCAACAGUUAACUGCAUGUGCGACUAAUGAUCAACAGUUAACUGCAUGUGCGACUAAUGAUCAACAGUUAACUGCAUGUGCGACUAAUGAUCAACAGUUAACUGCAUGUGCGACUAAUGAUCAACAGUUAACUGCAUGUGCGACUAAUGAUCAACAGUUAACUGCAUGUGCGACUAAUGAUCAACAGUUAACUGCAUGUGCGACUAAUGAUCAACAGUUAACUGCAUGUGCGACUAAUGAUCAACAGUUAACUGCAUGUGCGACUAAUGAUCAACAGUUAACUGCAUGUGCGACUAAUGAUCAACAGUUAACUGCAUGUGCGACUAAUGAUCAACAGUUAACUGCAUUUGCGACUAAUGAUCAACAGUUAACUGCAUGUGCGACUAAUGAUCAACAGUUAACUGCAUUUCUAGAGCCAGUUUGUGUUGUCACUUCUAACAACUGCCUUAUGCAUUUAUUGCAUGUGUUUGCUAUUGGCCCUCACUGA